AUGGCCUGCAUAAUCAAUCAAUUUUCAACUGUGCCGAUGGGAAAAUUCAGGCAUGGAUCUGGAUUUGACACGCGCCAAUUCUCUCAAGAGAAUUGUGCCAGAUUUGCGGAGGCCAUCUAUAAGCAAUGUGGUGUAUAUAAACACAUCGUUGGCUUUAUCGAUGGCACCAUGCAGAAAGUCUGCCGUCCUACUGAGGAUGAUGAACAAAAGCUUGUAUACAAUGGAUGGAAGCAUAUACAUUGUAUCAAACAUCAGGCCAUUGCUACACCUGAUGGCAUUACCAGCAGUCUUGUGGGUCCAUUUAUUGGAUCUACCCAUGAUGCCAAAAUGUUCGAUGAUUCUCGAACGCUCGAUCGGUUGAUCCUCCACCUUGACCAGUUGAGCACAGAAGAAAAUGAUAUUGGGUAUGCAAUUUACGGUGAUUUGGCGUACACCGCAUCCGAGCAUGUUUUCAGACCGUAUAGAGAAUAUGAACUGAGAAGACAUCUCAAUGGAAAGUAUGUCAUCAAGAAGAUGUCAAAGGUCAGGGUGCAAGUGGAGAUGGAGUUUGGGAAGAUGUUCCAGUUCUUCAAGUUCUGCAAGUCUGACUAUGCAAUGAAAAUCAGAGGAAAUACAAAGCCUUUCCAGGUUUACGUUCUGUGCACGAUUUUCAAGAACUUCCAUACCUGUUUUAAUGGGUCAGCCGCAACAGCAAUCUUUGGAUUGACUCCUCCAAUCAUAGAAUAA